UCCAUCCUCUGGGUUCUGCUGGUGCAUGUCCAAGGUGCAGCCUUGGGGGAAUCAAACCAGUGACAACACGAGGCUGGUGCUGACCACAUCAGAGCCCGUGGACAACUGUGGACGACCAUCAGUGCUACUCGCUGGAGGAGCAGCAGGAGCAUCCCUCCCCCGGCUGCAGGCAGACCACUCACCUGUCGGAGAAGCAGAUUGGACGGCGAAAUGGCAAAUCUUCAGACCCUCCUCUGCUUCCUGUGUGUGCUUGGCCCGGUGCUCGGCCAGGACAUGCCUUACGAGCACUACAUGGCCCAGAUCCAGGCCUGCCCUCGAGAGUGUCACUGUCCUCCCAACUUUCCUCAUGCCGUCUACUGUGAUAAUAAAGGCCUGAAGAGUGUCCCCAACAUCCCUCCACACACAUGGUACCUCUACCUGCAGAACAAUCAGAUUGAAACACUAUCAGCAGAUUCCAUGCGCAACGCCACGCAACUGCGCUGGCUGAACCUAAACCACAACAAAAUCACCAGUGAAGGAAUGGAAGGUGUGCUGAGUGCAUUGCCUCAGCUGGCGCACCUGUACAUGGACGACAACCUACUGUCUUCGGUGCCAUCUCCUCUGCCUGCCACUCUGGAGCACCUACGUCUGUCUCGUAACCGCAUCUCCAAGAUCCCAGCCGGUGUCUUCAUCGGACUGGAAAAGCUCAGCCUCCUUGACCUCCAGGGGAACAAGCUGAUGGACGAUGCUGUGACGGAGGUGAGCCUGAAGGGUCUCAACAACCUGGUGCAGAUCAACCUAGCCAAGAACCAGCUGUCGAGCAUGCCCCUCGGCUUGCCUCCCACCACCACUCAGCUGUUCCUCGACGGCAACAACAUCGAGAAGAUCCCGGCUGGCUACUUCAAAGGUCUGCCUAAGGUCGCCUUUCUGAGGCUGAACCACAACAAGCUCGGCAGCAGCGGAGUUCCCAAAAAUGUCUUUAACGUCUCCAGUAUGUUGGACCUGCAGCUGUCACACAAUCAGCUGACGGAGGUUCCCCUCAUUCCUGCAGGCCUUGAACACCUCCACCUCGACCACAACAGGAUCAAAAGUGUAAGUGGCUCCAAUGUCUGUCCUGUUUCCGUUGAUUCUGUUGACGACUCCAUGAACGAAAGCGUUCCACGAUUGCGCUACCUCCGACUGGAUGGCAACGAGAUCAAGCCACCAAUUCCCAGGGACGUCAUUCUGUGCUUCCGCCUUCUGACGUCCAUUGUCAUUUAAGAGAAGGAGGAACUAUCACUAUGUGGCUGUGGAUGCUGGUCACACAAAAUUCACCCGUGACAUUAACUGCAUGUUUGUGAAAUAUUUGACACUAGUUGGCAUCAAUGUAUUUUAUUGUUGUGUCUUAAGGAAGAAUACAAACCAAUCAUCUAAGUCAAUAAGGAAGUGACUGGUUAGAAGCUUUACUUAAGGCAGCAAUCUGCUGACCUGUAGUUGUGCCUUAUGUCAGUGUAAAUUCUGAAACCCAUCACAAGGUAGCAGGACAAAUUUAGGAGAACGUGUGUAAUUCAUAGCAUGAAGAGAUGAUUCACUGUCAUCAUGCUUCUGGAAACAUGUAGAUGCAAAGUGAUUUAUCUUUUGUAGACUUGAAGCCAAAUGAAUGGUGUUAUGUACUAGGUUUGUCUUCUCAUUUGCUUUAUGUCCUACUCUACUAUAAAUAAGAAUAUUUACUGUAGGUAAUUUAUUUUUAUUUAAUACAGCAUUUAAACCUGACAUGUAAAAAUGUAAAAAAUUGAGGCCACAUCUUAAUGUUUUGUAUACAAAAUAGAUUUAUUGUUUUCAAUCAAUGCCAACACACUUUUUAUUUCUGGCCAAUAUUUUUCUGAUUAAGAUUUUAUUUUAUUGUUUCUAAUUUGAAAUAAAAGUGAAAAUUAACAAAUACAAUACUAUUAUUU